AUGGUUGUGACAUGCAGUCAUCCUGAAAUUUUUCCUGUGGUAUUAACUACCAAGACCCAGGAAAUAUUUAACUGCCGAAUAAAUGAAGAUAUGACAGAUGAACAACCUUAUAAACUUCUCAAAAAAGAAGAUAUCAUUGAGGACUUGCACAACAGAGCUGCAGUAUCUGAUUUCCACCCACUCAGAAAAAUUGUACGGGAAUAUCCUGGAGAGGAGCUUCUGCUUGUUUAUGACAAAGAGUUCAAAUAUGGACUUAACUUUUAUCUUAUUGGAACUGAAGAGGGCAAGGAAAACUAUUUUAAAAUUACGUAUAUGAUAACCCGGAAACGAAGUGAAUUUGGAGCACCAAUUAAGUUCAGUGACCAUAAUGCUUCCAGUGUAAAAGAUACCUAUAUUGAAUGUACAGCCUAUCCAGAUAAAAACUUUACUGUUAAACAGCUUGAGAAAGAUGUUGGCAUGCAAGUCGUUCCCAAAAUCAAUACCAUAAGUACUCAGACAAAAUGGACAUAUCCCAAAAAUGCUAGUACACAGUAUUGUCCAAGAGAAUUCUCAGAAGAGGAAAGAGAGACACUCGGACAAUCAAAAUCUUUGACUGAUUUUCUUAACAAUGUGUCUGUAAGUGUUGAAAUAGCCCUGCAACAAAAUGAAAUCAUGAACACAUUUAUUGAUGACUGGAAAAACCUGGCCGAAGAAGAAGGCACUUUUGGGGACAAGAGUGAUACUCACCUGAAAGAGUAUCAGUCCUUUACCGACCUUCACAAUCUAACAGAGAAAACCAUUACCUGUGUCUCAUGGCAUCCAACUAUCUAUGGGCUAAUAGCUGUGUCAGUAGCUGUGCGGCUUUCUUUUGAAGAGAGAAUCCACUUUUCUGGCAAAUUGCUGUUACAGCCAUCACUCAUUCUUUUCUGGAGUUUCUCUGAUCCCAUACAUCCUCAGUUAAUGCUGGAGAGCCCGGAUGACAUCUUCUGCUUCAAGUUCUGUCCCACUGAUCCUAAUAUCAUUGCUGGAGGUUGUAUAAAUGGACAGAUCGUCAUGUGGGAUAUAACAGCACAUGCAAGUCGCAUAGAAAACAUUAAAACGGGUAGUAGUAGAAGUAAAAAAGUCACGCUCAAGCCCAUGUUUCUCCUUGAACCAGGAAGUAAUAAAGAAGUAAUGUAUAUCAGACACUGUGCAGUCUCUUCAAUAGAAAACGGACAUAAGAAAGUAAUUACAGAUAUACAUUGGCUGUCUGAUACAUUUGAGAUUAAUAGGAUGGGUUCUGUCUAUGAGAAUCGAAGUGAAAUAUGCUGUCAACUUGUGACAUGUUCAGCAGAUUGCACAAUAUGUUUUUGGGAUAUCAGACCACAGAAAGCUUUAACUCCUCAGCAAACAGAAAAAAAGAAAGAAGAAAAUAUUGAAAUUCCUUAUGAUAUACCAUCUACUUUUUUGCAUCUAGAUCUCUCCUGGAAACCUCUUGCUAAGAUAAGGCUGUCUAAGGGUGACACAAGUUUAGACCACUGUCCAACCAAGAUAAGCUUGAGUGAAGAACAUCUCCUUUACAGAACGCAAGAGAAAGCAGUAGCCCAGAGCAAAGCAACAAAAGUCGGAGAGAUGAACCCAUACCAUAAUCUGGAAGCUGGGUUGGCCAAUCCUUUUAAACCAAUAGAGGACUUCUGUACAAAGUUCUUUGUGGGAACAGAGGAAGGUGAAGUGAUAUACACAGACUGGAAAAUGGAAAGAGAUCCCGACACUGGACGAUUGAUGACAAAGAAGCCAGUUAACCUCUACACUGUCCAUGAUGGAGCUGUCCACACUAUUCAGAGGUCACCUUUUUACAAGGAUAUUAUCCUGACUAUUGGAGGAUGGAAUCUGGCUAUCUGGAAAGAAGGUGUUAUGAUUGGACCCCUGCUUCAGUCAUGCUGUGCACCAAAAAGGUACACCUCAGGGCACUGGUCCCUGACAAGGCCUGGAGUUUUCUAUAUUGGCCGAGAAGAUGGAUAUAUCGAUAUCUGGGACCUUCUGGAGAAAACCCAUGAACCAGCCCAGUCACAAAACAUCUGCAUAACAAUGAUCACCUACAUCAAACCCUGGAUCCUUUCUGCUAAGCAGCAAUUUAUAGCCAUAGCUGAUUAUUACGGAACACUACAUAUAUUAGAAAUUCCUUGGACAUUAAGUCACCCUUCCUCCAAUGAGAUAGCAAGUGUUAACCACUAUUUUGAAAGAGAAGUCAAGCAUCUGGAAUAUGUGGAGCACCGCAAAAAAAUUCGUGAACAAGAAAAGGAACAAAUGGAGCUGGAAAUAGAGAAGGAAAAAAUUAAAACAUAUCAGAAGUCAAAAGAACAAAUAGAGGCUGAAUUGAAAAUGGACUAUGAAAAUUAUUUGGAACUGGAAAAGACUGUCCUCGUCAAUCUUGGACUAAUCAAAGUCUCAGAGAAGGUGUCACACAUAGACAUAUAG